AUGGGAGCAUGCCAGAUGCAGUGGUCGAUCCUAUGGUGGGCUCGCCAUCAUAGAGCCCACCAUCGCUAUGUGGAUACAGAUCGCGAUCCUUAUAAUGCCCGAAGAGGAUUGCUGUGGUCACAUAUCGGAUGGCUUCUCACUCACUCUGGCCGUGAAUCCUGGGGGGAAGUCGAUAUGUCGGAUUUGGAGAAUGACUCGGUCGUGCAAUGGCAACACAAACAUUAUACAGCCUUGAAACUCCUCGUGGGUAUCUCAUUGCCAACACUAGUCGCCCAUUUCGGUUGGAAUGACUCCGAAGGGGGGUUCCUAUAUGCAAGCUUACUCAGGGUUUGCAUCACUUGGCACGGGACAUUUCUCGUUAACUCAGUAGCACAUUGGGUUGGGACUCAGCCUUAUUCAGAUAAACAUACUCCUCGUGAGAACGUCUGGCUUGCUCUUAUCACUUUUGGUGAAGGAUACCACAACUUCCACCAUGAAUUUCCAAAUGACUACCGCAACGGCGUUCGGUGGUACGAUUUUGAUCCAUCAAAAUGGGCCAUUUGGCUCUGGGCACGGUUAGGCUUGACGUCACAUCUUAAUCGAGCGAGCUCUACAGACAUCGAGAAGUGCCGUAUGAAGCAACUACAGAAGAAAUCCAGACUUGGAAAGAGGAACGGCCAAGAACAUGCUAUCCGUCUGCCUGUGAUUGAAUGGGAGCAGUAUGUGGCAAUGACACAAAAGGGCCUUCAUCUAAUAUCUGUUGCCGGCAUUGUCCACGAUGUUACAGAGUUUAUGGCUCAACAUCCAGGAGGAGAAAAGCUCAUCUGGCAGGCGAUCGGAACAGAUGCUACGUCAAUGUUUCAUGGUGGGGUGUAUGAUCAUUCUACCCAUGCCAACAAUCUAUUGGAAAUGAUGCAAGUAGGUGUUAUUCGAGGUGGUGGGCAGAUUGAGACCUCUAAGAAGGAGAAUUGA